AUGGCCACUCUCGGUCUCUCAAAGGUUUUUAUUUUGGACAAAUAUUUUACGGAGUUGCAAAAAUUUUGGGAAACUGAAAAAAAGCUCCAAGAUGCAUCCUCGUCAAACGAAGCCUCGCACCUCCAGCAGCGCCUGAAGACCCUGAGCACAGAACUGGUGACCCUCCGGAACCGGCUGCACGUGAGCCAGCCCGGAAGCAACGGCCCGAACGCGGUGAACGGUACGAUAGCCUCUCCGGGCCCAGGAUCUGGCUCUGGGACGAUAACCGCCAGCGCUUGCGAGAAGCCGCCGACUACAGCGGCACCUGCGGUCCCUCCGCGGAACACUCUGUCUCACGCACACCCGAUUGGACACUCUUCCGGGCACAGUGUUACCGCUUCCGCCAUUAUCCAUCCGCAUGCCAAUCAUUCUGCUGCCAACGAUCUCGGCCACAACUCCACCACAAACAAUUUAAUAUCUGAUUCCGAAAGAUCGAAGCGCCCUGACAAUGGAUUGGUCUCUUGUGUGACGGCUUUGAGCAGCUUAAGGUCACCCCCGAUUUCGCGGAUAAUCGCGGACGUCAAAGGAAGCGGGAAGCACUUGAACCAACGAUGUGUUUCCAAAACGGGCCAAAAUUCUUCCCAAAAUUCCACGACUCUGGAGGACUUGAUCCACCUGCCGGGACCUCUUACCGAGGAUGCGGUUCUUAAGUGUCUCCAGGCGCGAUUCUGUGCAAAACAGUACCAUACGAACGUUGGGCCGAUUCUGGUGAGCAUAAACCCCUACACGGACGUGGGAAACCCACUGACGUUGACGAGCACCCGAACUGUGCCAUUGGCACCGCAGCUGAAUAAGGUCGUCCAGGAAGCCGUGAGACAACAGUCCGAAACUGGUUACCCGCAGGCCAUCAUUCUCUCUGGGACCAGUGGAUCGGGGAAAACUUAUGCAUCGAUGCUCUUGCUCAGACAACUCUUUGACGUAGCCGGGGGUGGUCCUGAGACAGAUGCUUUUAAGCAUCUCGCCGCAGCUUUUACUGUCCUACGCUCCCUUGGCUCCGCUAAGACUGCCACCAAUUCUGAAAGCUCUCGAAUUGGUCAUUUUAUAGAAGUACAAGUAACUGAUGGCGCGUUGUACAGAACUAAAAUCCACUGUUACUUUUUGGACCAGACUCGCGUGAUUCGCCCGCUACCAGAUGAAAAAAAUUAUCACAUUUUUUAUCAAAUGUUGGCUGGCUUAUCCCAUGACGAGCGAGUGAAAUUGCACCUGGAAGGCUACAACCUGAAGAAUUUAAGGUACCUUCAACACGGAGACACAAGGCAGGACGAAGCCGAGGACGCAAUAAGGUUCCAAGCGUGGAAAGCCUGUCUCGGAGUGCUGGGUAUCCCGUUUUUGGACGUGGUGAGAGUAUUAGCAGCGGUUUUGAUCCUCGGGAACGUGGGAUUCACCGACGGACCUGGGGUAGAGGUCACUGUAAUCGGGGAAAACGAGCUUUCGUCGGUCGCGGCGCUUCUUGGGGUUCCACCCUCGUCUUUGCUGCGUGGGUUGACUUCAAGGACUCACAAUGCCCGAGGCCAGCUGGUCAAAUCUGUUUGUGAUGCAAAUAUGUCAAAUAUGACUCGAGACUCUUUAGCAAAAGCUCUUUAUUGCCGAACAGUUGCUACAAUAGUCCGUCGCGCAAACAGUUUGAAGAGACUUGGCUCAACUUUGGGUACUCUUUCCUCUGAUUCGAACGAAUCUGUCCACAAUCAAGCGGAAGUUACAAGCCAGCACGCCUCGACAAUCGGAAGUUCCGCUGGAGGAACAGGCUCGAGAAGCAUGACGGCGCUGAACAACGCGGUUCGGCACGCCACCGACGGGUUCAUCGGGAUCCUCGACAUGUUCGGGUUCGAGGACCCUAAGCCGAGUCAACUGGAGCAUCUCUGCAUAAAUCUCUGCGCAGAGACGAUGCAGCACUUUUACAACACCCACAUUUUCAAGAGCUCGAUCGAGAGCUGCAGAGACGAGGGCAUACGCUGCGACGUCGAGGUUGACUAUGUUGACAAUGUUCCCUGUAUCGACCUAAUAUCUUCCCUACGCACGGGUUUACUCAGCAUGCUGGAUGUCGAAUCUUCGAUGCGUGGAACUGCUGAGAGUUACGUUGCUAAAGUUAAAGUGCAGCACAAGCAAAAUCCACGAUUGUUUGAUCCGAGGAGUCUCGACUGUCGGUCUUUUGGUAUUCAGCAUUUUGCUGGCAAAAUUAUUUACGACGCUUCUGAUUUUCUUGAUACAAACAAAGAUAUCGUUCCGGAUGACCUGGUGGCAGUUUUCUACAAGCAUACAUGCAAUUUCGGAUUCGCGACGCAUUUGUUCGGCAGCGAAUUAAAGGCUUUGUACGCGAGCGAUACCGUCCCCCGAGGAGUAAGCUUCAGAAUAUCCCCGACAUCCCACACCGAUUUACUUUAUUGCAGAUUAAACGGCGAUGAGCCGAUUUCGACACUCACUCAGGACUUCCAUACACGUCUCGAUAAUUUACUGCGUACGCUGGUUCACGCACGCCCACACUUUGUAAGAUGCAUAAGGAGCAACGCCACAGAAACGCCCUUACAUUUAGACAGGAGGGUUGCGAUGCGACAAAUACGCUCGUUGCAAGUUUUAGAGACUGUUAAUUUAAUGGCUGGAGGAUAUCCACAUCGAAUGCGUUUUAAAGCAUUCAAUGCGCGGUACAGACUGAUUGCGCCGUUCAAACAGCUGCGACGGUCCGAGGAGCAGGCUGUCGAGGACACUAAACUUAUUUUGCAAAAUGCACAACAAGUUAAGAGCAAGUUUGGUGCGAGCACCAGUUGGGCACUCGGCAAACGUCAUAUUUUUUUGAGCGAAGGCAUUCGACAGCAGUUGGAAAAUUUGAGAUCUGAAACUAGACGGAAAGCUGCUACUGUUAUUCAGACAACAUGGCGGGGCUGGCGCGUAAGAAGAAGAUGGCCGGUGAGACGCAUCCCCCUCUCUCUGCCCACCGGAAUGAUUCCCAAGCAGAAUCAGCAAUCAAACGGGCACCGCAGCGUGACAAAUACAAACACGGGAACUCGACCCCGGCCGCAGCCAAUUGCAGGAACUCCUCCUCCGGAUCCGACGGAAAAAUGCGCAGAUCAAAAAAUGAUCCAGCAAACUUGUACACUUUUUGGACUCGACCUUGAACGACCGCCGCCAGUGCCACCUAGCAGAUCUUACACCGUGACUGGAAACACAAAGUUAGGUUAUCCCCAAACUCGUGUCAUGAAAAUGCCAUUUCCCGAAGAAGGAGAGGGGGAAGUUGUUCUGCUGAAAGGCGAAACGGUGCUUGUUAUUGGUGCUUCUCCGCGCCGCGGCCAUCUUCUCGUUGAGCACAACAACACGACGCUCCACGUGCCUUAUCAGUUCAUGGAACUCAAGCCAUGUAAUAUUAACAUUUAA